UUUCAUCAUUUUUUGGGUGCUACUAUAACGUCAUUUAUCAUUGCAUACGACUUUUAUAUUCAAGAAAACUCCCUGUUAAUUACCCCCCAAAGAAAAAACAAAAAGAAAACUCCCUGUUAUUUAUUCAUUGCGAGCAUUUUAAAUAGUCUCUUACUGUUACUUAAGGGGAUGGGUCGCUACCAUUAUAACAGCGACGAUAACCGUGAUCCUCUGGUUCAUUGUUCUUCAGAUCUUCAUUUCGUUCUUUUUUUUCAGGUUCACAUUUUGACAGUGCAUUUGAGUUCUACAGUUCGGCAAAAGCCAUCCAGAGUUUAGCAAAUUGCAUUGAGAAUGUCUAGGACUGGAGUUUUAGAUCUGGGCUCUGGUGUUGGAGGGAAGAUAGAGAAAGAGGGAGUCCUUUCUGCAGUGCAAGAGUAUGAGAAGUACCAUGUUUUAUAUGGAGGGAAUGAAGAAUUAAGGAGACAGAACUACACUGACGUGGCAAACAAAUAUUAUGAUCUUUCAACCAGCUUUUAUGAGUUCGGCUGGGGCGAGUCUUUCCAUUUUGCUCCAAGAUGGAAAGGAGAAUCUUUUCGGGAAAGCCUGAAGCGAUACGAACAUUUCAUCGCUUUGCAACUUGGUUUAAAACCAGGAAUGAAGGUAUUGGAUGUAGGAUGUGGAAUUGGAGGGCCGCUACGUGAAAUUGCUAGAUUUAGCUUAACUUCUAUUACUGGCUUGAACAACAAUGAAUAUCAAAUAUCCAGAGGAAUUGAGCUAAACCGAAUAGCUGGAGUAGACAAGACGUGCAACUUUCUGAAGGCCGAUUUCAUGAAAAUGCCAAUCCCAGAUAACACUUUUGAUGCAAUCUAUGCAUUGGAAGCAACCUGCCACGCACCUGAUGUAGCUGGAUGCUACAAAGAGAUUUAUAGAGUGUUAAAGCCAGGUCAAUGUUUUGCAGCAUAUGAAUGGUGUAUGACUGAUUCUUUCGACCCCAAUAAUCAAGAACACCAGAAAAUCAAGGCACAAAUCGAGUUCGGUGAUGGUCUUACAGAUAUAAGGUCAACUAGGCAAUGCCUUGAAGCUCUUAAACAAGUUGGUUUUGAGGUUUUGUGGGAGAAGGAUCUCGGAACAACUUCACCGGUACCAUGGUACUUGCCCUUGGAUCCCAACCACUUUUCUUUAAGCAACUUCCGUUCAACAGUACCAGGCCGGUUUCUCACUAGAAACUUGGUCAAAUGUCUAGAGUGUCUCGGCCUUGCACCCAAAGGAAGCCAAAAGGUGUCUUACCUCUUGGAGACAGCUGCAGAAGGCCUCGUUCAAGGUGGAAAGAAGGAGAUAUUUACACCAAAUUAUUUUUUCUUGGCCCGUAAGCCUCAAGCUGAAGCACACUAAGAUCAGCUUGUUCCCACUUUCGAUCAUCCGAAUUUAGUUUUUCUAUUACUAUAUCUGGGAUUUCAGCAAUUGUAUGGGAAGCUGUCAUGAGCUCCUAUAAUUUAUGAAAAUUCAUCCUACUUAGGUUGGUCGAAUAUUUUCAUUUCUCAUGUUUGCUUUGUUAAUGAUAAUUUCUAUGGUACUUGAAUUUCAUUCCUUUCUUCUAAAUUUUUAUAAGACUGACUAAAUUAUUAUUUGAAAGUUCUCCCAUGGCAGAAAAUGAAUAGCAGCCUGCACCAGGCAUUCAAUUCUCA